UCGUUUGGCAUUAUUAAUAAUAACCCUUUGGUGUUUUUCAUCGGAACUUUCUAUGCCCCAUAUCUAUAAGCAGCCUUGGGUAUUUUCCAAGGUUUUGUUCUUCAAAGCCAUGACUAAACCUACAUUUUCUUUACCGCCCUUUGGCUGCUUCCUUUUAUUCUUUUCUCUCUUCUUCUUCUUCUCCUCCUCUGUUGUUUUAGCACUCACCGAUGCAGAAGCUUCAUUUAUUGCACAGCGACAGCUCUUGACGUUACCCGAAAAUGGCGAACUCCCUGAUGAUAUUGAGUAUGAGGUUGAUCUUAAGGUGACCUUUGCGAACAAUAGGCUUAAGAGAGCCUAUAUAGCUCUCCAAGCCUGGAAAAAGGCGGUGUAUUCAGACCCGUUUAACACCACAGGAAACUGGCAUGGCCCUCACGUGUGUGGGUACACGGGCGUGUUCUGUGCCCCUGCUCUUGAUGAUCCUAAUGUUGCGGUUGUGGCGGGAGUUGAUUUGAAUGGAGCGGAUAUCGCAGGGCAUUUACCGGCUGAGCUUGGUUUGAUGACGGACGUAGCCAUGUUCCAUUUGAAUUCGAACCGGUUCUGUGGUAUCAUACCCAAGAGUUUUGAGAAGUUGAGGCUAAUGCACGAGUUCGACGUCAGCAACAACCGGUUUGUUGGACCUUUCCCUUCAGUUGUCCUCUCAUGGCCGGCCGUUAAGUUCAUCGACGUCAGAUACAAUGAUUUCGAAGGUCAAGUCCCUCCUGAGCUUUUCAAGAAGGAUCUUGAUGCCAUUUUCUUGAACAACAACAGAUUCACAUCUACCAUUCCUGAUUCCCUCGGAGAAUCCUCAGCCUCCGUCGUGACCUUUGCACACAACAAAUUCAGCGGUUGUAUCCCUAAAACCAUUGGAAACAUGAAGAACCUAAACGAGAUUAUCUUUAAGGACAACAAUCUCGGCGGUUGUUUCCCAUCAGAGAUCGGGAAGCUAGCCAAUGUGAACGUGUUUGAUGCUAGCAUGAACUCCUUCACCGGUGUUCUACCACCGAGCUUUGUAGGGCUUACGGGUGUCGAAGAGUUUGAUAUCUCUGUGAAUAAACUCACAGGGUUUGUACCGGAGAAUGUCUGCAAGUUGCCUAAACUGGUUAACAUGACGUACGCCUACAACUACUUCAACGGACAAGGCGAUUCGUGUGUUCCAGGUAGUCGCACGGAGAUUGCAUUGGAUGAUACACGUAACUGCUUGCCAGAUAGGCCUAAGCAACGAUCAGCCAAGGAAUGUGCGGUUGUGAUUAGCCGUCCAGUCGAUUGUAGUAAGGACAAGUGCGCAGGUGGUUCUAGCCACGUUGCGCCGUCAAAGUCCCCAUCACCCGUGCCAACUAGGCCGGUUCAUAAACCACAAACACCAAAAGGGUCACCACAACCAAAUGACCCAUAUAAUCAGUCCCCAGUGAAGUUCCGGCGUAGCCCACCUCCACCACAGCAACCACAUACCCCGGUGGUUCACUCUCCACCGCCUACACCACCAGUCUCUUCUCCUCCUCCCUCACCCCCAGUCCAUAAACCACAACCACCGAAAGAGUCACCACAACCAAAUGACCCAUAUGAUCAGUCUCCUGUGAAGUUCCGGCGUAGCCCUCCUCCACCUCAAGUUCAGUCUCCACCACCACCACCGCCAGUAUAUUCUCCACCGCCUCCACCACCAGUCUAUUCACCACCACCACCGGUUUAUUCUCCACCGCCGCCACCACCAGUUCAUUCACCACCACCCCCAGUACACUCUCCUCCACCGCCAGUCCAUUCUCCACCACCACCGGUACAUUCUCCACCGCCGCUACCACCAGUUCACUCACCACCACCGCCAGUACAUUCUCCUCCACCACCUGUCCAUUCACCACCACCACCGGUUUAUUCUCCACCGCCACCACCUCCACCGGUAUUCUCACCACCACCACCUGUUCACUCCCCUCCACCGCCAGUAUAUUCCCCACCACCACCGGUAUAUUCUCCUCCUCCACCGCCGGUAUAUUCCCCACCACCACCUCCAGUAAACUCACCCCCACCACCACCAGUGUACUCUCCUCCGCAUUUACCACCAAAGAUGAGUUCACCACCAACACAAACACCGGUCAACUCUCCUCCGCCACGAGCACCGACACGGACAGUAGAAGCACCACCGCCAAGUGAAGAAUUCAUCCUUCCACCAUCCAUCGGCCACCAAUAUGCAUCACCACCACCACCAAUGUUCCAAGGCUACUAAUAUUAGAGAGAGAGAGAGUGAAGUCGAAAACGUCAUGAGGAGAAACAAAAGAAGAUAACAAAAAACUGAUGGAAGACAGAAGAAGAAAAAAAGAAGGAGGGCAAAUGUAACUUAGUGGCAUUAACUCCUUACUUGCGAGUAAUCGUACAAAGUUUGUGUAGUAAACUGUUUAUAUAAACAUCUUUUUGGUCUAUAAAAGAUUUUAACACUUUGAAAAACAAA